AUGAAGUGCGGUGGUGUGACGGGCGGCCCGCCCGGCCCCAGCGAGCUUCUGCUGGGCGCCUGCUGGUUUGAUCCUAAACACGACUCCGCCUCGCCCCCCUGUCACGAGCUGCUCGACUCGCUUCUUGCUCCACCGCCUCUCGCGGAGCUCAAGCCCCUUCCCCCCUUCACCGGCUACACAGGACACCUCUCCAUCAAUGGAAUCUCCGGACAUCAUUUCCACGCUAUCGCCCAACGUCUUCCAGAAGAAAACAACAAUUACCCCACCCAGAGCGGCUAUGGCGACAAUGAAGUUGUCUCCUCUUCCACCUGCGCUACAGACUCUGAGCCUCCUGACUUGGAAGACGUCAAACCGUUCCCUUUAGAUGUAGCCGAUACGAAACCAUUCGCGGAAUCAUCAGGACCCGGUGUGGCGGACUCGUGUGCUCAGUCUUGCUCACCUCCAACCAAAAUAUUUGACGACGCUCCCAAACAAGAAAUGUACGAUCUUAGUUCAAUAGAGGACAUCGCUGCAAUUAUUGGCUCCGCUAUAGCAGAUACUACUGUUCCAUCGCAACCGGAAGACCCCGAAAGAAAUGAUUCUAGGGACAGCUGGAUGGAUAUAGAUAUGACCUGGAUAACGAGUGCCAGCAGUCAACAUGGUGAAAAAAUUCCUAUCACGCAAGACCUCUCAGACUUGGGCCUGUCCAUGUCACCACCACCGUCACAAACGAAUCACCAACAAAAUUUAGAUUAUGCCAGUAAAAGUCAGAAGUACUCGAAAACGCAGGAGUUUUUUCAAAACAACUUCGGCCAGGCAGGAUCGACGCUUCAAAACUUAUUGACCCAGGGGUAUAUGCCAUUGCUUCAAAACAGAUUGCAAAACGGUCCGCCAGUGAAGCAAGAAGCACCGAGUUCAACUAGCUAUGGGAUGGAGGUUAUAUCGACGUCGUCACCCCCCGGGAACGCAGUAUCUACGACGGAUGGCGUCGGUGGUUUGCUCAACGGAAGGUAUGGCCCCCAUUACGGCCUCAGCCUGAAACCUGAUGGUUUAUGCAGUCCGGACAGGCUUCUAGGUUAUCCCCACGCACAUACCACGACGAUAACACCAUCCAGUAAAUCAAAACGAAGUCGUGCCAAAGCAAAACAGGGGAACAACGGUGCGAGUUUACACGGCAGUUCUCUGGCAUUUUCAUCAGCGACAUCGGCUGAGCUAAGCGGACUUUUAGGGAAAGAAAAGCCUGUCCACCGAUGCGGCAUUUGCAAUAGAGGUUUCUUGAAUAAAUCCAAUAUUAAAGUACACCUCAGAACGCAUACUGGCGAGAAGCCAUUUAGGUGUGACGUGUGUGCGAAAGCCUUCAGACAAAAGGCUCAUCUCAUUAAACAUCAGCAAAUCCAUAAACGUAUCGGUAGAGACUAA